CCUAAAUAUAGGUGGUUGAAUUAUUUGCAAUUUUCAUCCAAUCGCGCCAAACGCUGCGCAUUCCUCUAGUUUCAAGAAAUCGACACGACGCCAAGAUCAAUUUGGUUUAUUAAACUGUUGAAAUGAGUGAGUUAAAUGCCAACGCUGGUGCCACCGAAGGCGAGGAGGCCAAUCCGCUGGAACAGUCGACCAUAACGAUGCUAGAUGUCCUCGAGCAUGAAAAGGAAAUGGAAGACGAAUAUGCCGCGGUGCUGGGCGCCUCCGACGAGAAGUCCUGCACGUAUGCCAAGGGCGCUAUUGGCCGCCAGGCCCUGUAUUCCUGCCUCACGUGCUGCCCGGAGGCUCGGGAGGAUCUGGCCAAGGCCGCUGGAAUCUGUUUGGCCUGCUCCUAUCGCUGCCAUGAGCACCACGAAUUAGUCGAACUGUAUACCAAGCGGAACUUCCGCUGUGAUUGCCCGACUCAGCGACUGGGCAAGUGCUCUCUGAACCCACAAGUCGAGGGAGUCCAACCCCGGAACGAGGGCAAUUUAUAUAAUCAGAAUUUCCAGGGUCUGUAUUGCAAGUGCAAGCGACCAUAUCCCGAUCCUGAUCGUACCGUCGAGGAGGUGAUGCUGCAGUGCGCUAUCUGCGAGGACUGGUACCACUUGCCACACAUGAAGGCACCAGGUUCAUGCGAGAAAUGGUUGGACACCUGCAGCGAAAUGAUAUGCGAUGGUUGCAUGGAUGCCAAACCCUUCCUGAAGGAUUAUACCGGGCUUGCCCUGCAGCCAGUUGUGAAUGAUUCCAAAGAAGCCAAACCGGAGGUUGAAGAUAACCAACUCAAGAACGAGUUGGACCGCAGUAUCAGCGACAUUAUGAAAGUUCCUGAGGGUGAAUCUCAAGAGGAGGAGGGCGAACCAAGCAAGAAGCGUCCUAAACUAGAGGACUGCCGACGUCCUAAGCCAACAAAGCACCAGGGUGCCGCUUUCUGGACUAAUGACUGGCGCAAAUCGCUUUGCCAGUGCUCCGAAUGCCUAUCGCUUUACAAGGAACUUGCCGUGGAGUUUCUGCUUGAUGCCGAGGACUCGGCUAAGACUUAUGAGGAGCGCGGCAUGAAGCGGGCUGAGGAGAAUUCCAGCUAUGAGCAAGGCAUUCGGGCACUGGCCUCCAUUGACCGGACACAGCAAAUCGAUGCGAUUACCGAGUACAAUCGCAUGAAGGACAAGCUGAAAGAAUACCUGCAGGCAUUUGCUGCUAGCAAGAAGGUAGUCACUGAGGAGGACAUCAAUCGGUUCUUUGCCGGCAUGCGCAAUGAGAAUAAUGCCAACCUGGGUCAGCCAUAUUUUUGUCGCUAAAUAUUUAGCUCUUUAAAUUAUUAUAGUAUUACACUCAUUCCUCCAUGAAAAAAGAAACAUACAUACACCAUGUAAAUUCUUAAGUUAUACUUUAUUAUAAACAAUAAUCAUGAUCUGUCAAUAUAACGAAAAAGUUGUAACAAGGCAUCGGGCCAUGAGAUUCGCAUUUUCUUCUAUAUGCUAUCCAGCCAAAAUAUUUAUGUACAUUGCGGUGAAAUAGAGUUACAUAAGAAAGAAGUAAAAUUUAUUAUAAAUUGGUAACAACCUAUCUUGAGACCUUUUUACAUAGCUCUAAUUGGUUAUUUUCUGGUAUAUUUUUAUGAAUAUAUGUACAUUAAAAAUUA